GAGAGGGAGCUCGACAUGCUGAGAAACGGCACGCACAGAGGCAUGUACCAGGGAGAGGAGACGAGGCAGCGCAGCGGGAGUCUGGCUGUGACUCGGGAGAGGAAACACCUUGCUCUGUGUAUUAAUAACCAGGAGGAGGUGAAAAGGUAUCACCGCUACUGCAACCACAGUGGGGGGCAAGCAGUUUCCAAGGUGGAGAGAAACCGUCCUCGUCGGUGUGAAGAGGAAGAUGACAAUAGUCCUCAUCGCCGUGAGAAACAGUACCUAGAGAUAAAGGCCAUCAUUAUCCAGCGAGCCUGGCGUGCCAGUAUGUCCCGCAGAGGAAACCUGCAGGUGCGAGACAAAAACUAUAUCCGCCAGUGUGAAACGGUGCCAUCGGAGAGUUUCCAAGACCCAGUUCUGACCACCAAUAUUUCCCAGAAGCAGCUCAAGAGCCUCCAGAGUGGCUUCAAGCAUGUUAAUAGUGGAGGUUUCCAGCUGCAGAGUAAUCAUCUGACCAUGGACCUGGACAACAACAUCAAUAUCAACAUGCCGCCCAUUGAGACCAAGGUGUUAAUUAUUCAGCGUGCCUGGCGUGACUUCCUCCAGAGACAGGAAGUGGAGAAGAGGAGCCCCUCCCCACCUUCACUUUCCUCCUCUGACAAGAUGAGCAUGUCAAUCAGCAUGACGACCCUGUCAGAUGGCAGCACCCCAGAUUACCGGGAGGAUGGCAUGGACCUGGGGAGCGAUGCAUCCAGUCGCUCCAGCUCAGAGUCCAACUCCAACAAGGUUACACCUUGCUCCCCUUCUAUUGACCUGGCCACGUUGGAAGACUACAAAUCCUCCCCCUCUUUGGACCUUGUCACCUUAGAGGACUAUGAGGAGGAUGAGGACUAUCAAGAGUACAAGAAGAAGGUGAUAGAGGAGUGGGAGAGUGAGUAUGGGGAGGACUACACCUCCCCACAGCCUCCUGGUCAGGAGGGAGGAGGAGGCGGUGGUGUGGGGAUUGACGGGGUUGGUGGAGGCUACAGGAAGACAGUUAACAGCCGCAGCCUUGCUGAAGAAUUCCAGGAUGUGAAGACUAUCCCACCCCUCCCAGCCCCCAGUGGACGCACAGCCACCUCGGUUGCAGCUGUCCCUGAGGAACUGAAACAGAACGGCAAUCUGAUUUUGCCCAGGAGCGACCAGCUCCACUCCCCUGGUACUCCACAGGGAGGGACUCCAAAAGCCAGCCACCGCAGCUCCAGUCAAGGCAGAGGGAGCCGUAGCACUGGUGGGGGUGGUGGUGGGGGAGGUGGAGGAGGCAUUGGAGACACUGGGGGACAGAUGGGGAGACACAGAGAGGACGAGUGUGCAGAAGAAGAGCCACUGCCUACCAUGGACUGGGCUGCCCUGGAGAGGCAUCUCGCAGGGCUGCAGUGCAGAGAGCAAGAGAACCAGAACCUCAACCAAAACCAGAACUACAACACGGGCAAGACCAACUACACCUCAGCCCAAAAGAAUGAGAGAGAGUCUAUCAGGCAGAAGUUGGCCCUGGGCAGUUUCUUUGACGAUGGGCCAGGUAUCUACACCAGCUGCAGCAAGAGCGGCAAACCCAGUCUGUCCUCACGGCUCCAGAGUGGGAUGAAUCUACAGAUCUGUUUUGUCAAUGACAGCGGCAGUGACAAGGACAGUGAUGCCGAUGACAGCAAGACAGAGACCAGUCUGGACACACCUCUGUCCCCCAUGUCCAAGCAGAGUUCAUCCUACUCUGACAGGGACACUACAGAGGACGACUCCGAGUCUCUGGAGGACAUGGACUUUCUGAGUCGACAGAAGAAGCUGCAGGCAGAGGCGAAAUUAGCCCUGGCUAUGGCCAAGCCCAUGGCAAAGAUGCAGGUGGAGGUGGAGAAACAGAAUCGCAAGAAGUCUCCGGUUGCAGACCUGCUUCCACACAUGCCUCACAUCAGUGAGUGUCUAAUGAAAAGAAGCCUGAAGCCCACCGACUUGAGAGACAUGACUCUGGGACAGCUCCAGGUUAUAGUUAAUGACCUGCACUCCCAAAUCGAGAGUCUGAAUGAGGAGCUCGUACAGUUACUGCUGAUUCGAGAUGAACUACAUAUGGAGCAGGAUGCCAUGCUGGUUGACAUAGAGGACCUCACCAGGCAUGCUGAAAGCCAGCAGAAACAUUUGGCUGAGAAGACCCUAUCCAAAUAAGAUGCCCCGCCCCCCCGCUCCACUCCGCCGUUGUCCUCAACCAACCUCCCCUUCCCUCUGAACCAGACUUUACUCCCACAGCCAUUCCACCUCUGCCCUGUCUCGAUCCGAACCCCGCCAGCUUGUCCCACGUAUUUUGCUCCUCGCUGCUCCCCCCGUUUCCCCACGUCCACCCUCCUGUCCGACCCACUGGUUCCAGUGGAAGCCGCAGCACAGAAGAAAGCCACCCCCUUUCAUUUGCUUCUGUGAUUUAACCCCAGCGCCGCUAAGGAUGGAGGAGCAGUUCCUGCUUCCUGGGAGAAGAGGAAACUGAUUGUGUGUUGUCAUGGAUUCUGUCCCCAGCUUCCUGUGAAGUGAUCGGCCUUGCUUUGCUAUUGUUUCUUUUAACUUUCUACAUUCGCCACUAAAUUAUAACUGUCAAAUCAAAAAUUGUGGGAAAAAAUAAAAUAAUAGUGAAAAAAUUAGUAGAAAGUCAGUCAUGCGAAAAAAGAAACAACAUUGUAUAAAUAAAUGAUGAAAAACUAACUUCUUCAGACCAUGUUAAGUUGGACAGUAAUUUUAAAGUAUUUCCAAGUCGACCUGUUUUUAUUCUGCACAAAUGGUAGUUUUCAACUGAGAAAUGUUUAUUUGAAGGUGCUAAAAGAGUGUAAAGGAAACAUGCCUGCCUUGUAGUGGAGUCGUAGCUUUUGGUAAUACGUUCACUCUAAUUGCUCUUCAACAUUUUGUGAAUGUUGAUUUUCUGACACAAGUCAUUUUAAAUGAAUAAGUGUGUUAAUAUCGUUUUCAUCCUAUUGUAUUGAGAAACUUUAUUUGAGGGAAGAAAUGUUUAUGUACAGAUAUGUAAAAUAAAGAAUAAACUUUGUUUCAUAUA